AUGGCCAGCAAGGUUGACCGCAUAGUUGCCCGGCUACAGGCCAAGAUCGAAGAGGGCGAUUACUACGAGGCUCAACAGCAGACCCGUGUCGCGGCAUCUCGCUAUAUCAAGACCUCCAACUGGCCUGCCGCGAUAGAUAUCCUCUCCAAUGUGUCUCAGGCGUUGCUGCGCGCGGGGCAGGGUGGUAGUGGAGGAGAUCUGUGUACUAUGUUGGUCGAUGUCUACAAGCAGGCAGAACUAAAGCCUGAUGCUACCACCAAGGGUAGACUAUUGACUUGUCUACGACUAUUCGAGGCUGGUGAGCCUACGAGGAAGAGGUUUAUUGGCGAAAUCAUAGCAUGGUCAGCAAAGUUUGGCGAAUAUCCAGCUGGAGAUCCAGAGCUUCACCAUGUUGCCGGUUCACUAUACGCCGAGGAGCACGAUACAUACGAGGCCGAGAAACAUUUGAUAUUGGGAACCAAGGACUCGCCCGAGAUUCUCACAAAGAUGGAAUAUAAUUGGUACAAGGAGGGCGAGCCUCAUCAAGCGGCUCUCUUCGCCGGCCGCGCCGUUCUCCCAUAUCUCCUCGUUGGCAACGUUCGUGCUGCCAAUACCUGCUACCGCCUCUUCAUCAGCUCCCUCUCCAAUGAUAACCCGAAUCUUGGUGUCCAAGACGUAUCGAGUUCCGCUGGUGACAUCCGCAUUUUCCCAAGCCUGCCUCUCCUCAACUUUCUUGGCUUUCUCCUUCUCGCCAUCCAGCGCGGCGCACCCGAACUCUACCGUGCUUUGGUGUCUAAGUAUGCCACACAGAUCAACGAGGCGGGAUCAUGGGCCGAGGCGCUUGAGAUGGUUGGAGAGAUGUACUUCGGUCUGUCCAAGCCUCGACAAAACAAUCCCCUUAUGGAUAUGAUGAGCGGUUUCUUCGGUGGUGGUGGUGGCCAACCAGAAAAGCCAAAGCGUAAGCAGGUUACGCAACGGCAAGAUGCCCCCACAGCGGAAGGUCUAGACUAG